CUUGUGUAACGCAAUCCACAAGGGGAAAGGUAUUGAUGGUCUUUAAAUAAACUACUGCUCUUAAAUCAUCUCCCAAUAUUUUGUGGUGGUGAACUAUUCCUUAGAGAAAUAAAAAUUUCUGCCUCUCCCGGUAGACCGCGGCAUGCCUGGAGAACACACCCACCUAGCAACCGGGAGUCAGCUGAAGUAUGGCACUGCGCCUUUAACUCCGGGUAGGGGAGGAGGGCGGCGGAUAAUUUCCGCUCCUCCACUCCCUCCACGGCCCCGGUGGCAGCUGUCACCUGUAAGGCGAGCGACGAGCACGGGGGAUGGAACCUGGCGCCUAUUGGACACAAUACAAAGGCAGAAACCUACCUCGAAGGCUGGGGGCCCGGCGAGCCGGAGGCGGUGGGCUCGCAAUGCGGCCCCCCGCGCCUUCCUCCGGGAGACACCCGGGCCCCACGACGCGGGCGUGACCAAGGUCCAGCUUCAGGGACACUCCCGUCCCGCCUCGGUGAAACGAUCAGGUGAGCCUGGCAAAGGAAGACCUCGCUCCCGGAACCCCUGCUCCCGCUCGUCCCAGCCGGCGCGGAGACGUGCACCUGCCCCGGCAGCCGGGUACCGAGGGCGCGUGGGAAGGGGCGGCCUCUGCUCCCCUGCGGGGCUGGACUGCACCAUGGCGCUAGCCGCCGCGGCCGCGGCCGCCGCCGCCGGGGUGAGCCAGGCGGCUGUGCUGGGCUUCCUGCUGGAGCAUGGAGGCAAGGUGCGCAACUCCGAUCUGCUGAGCCGCUUCAAGCCCCUGCUGGAUGCGGGCGACCCCCGCGGCCGCGCCGCCCGCAGGGACCGCUUCAAGCAAUUUGUCAACGACGUGGCUGUGGUGAAGGAGCUCGACGGCGUCAAGUUCGUAGUGCUGAAGAAGAAGCUGCGGCCCGGAGGGGCCCCGGAGCCCCUGCCCUCGUGCGUCUCCGGCACGUUCGGGGCACCAGCCCUGCCUUCGAAGAUCACUUCGGUCUCACAGGGGGAACCGGCCGACCCGGGGGCUCCAUCCCCGGCCGCGGCGCAGCAGGCGGUGGAACCACCUGAGGACCUGGCCCCGCCGGUAGAGCCACAGGACACGCCGGGGGCUCCGGCCUCAGAGCCCACUCAGCCGGCCGGGGAGGUGUUGUUAGGUCCGGCUCAGCAGUCAGGGGCGCCCUCAGACGCCCAGAUUUCAGGCUUUGAGCUGGCCCUGCCCCCCAAGGGACUCCCUACAGACGUGGUCCCGCCGUCUAGGUCGCGGUCGGUGGAGGCCUUGCCCCACGCAGAGGCACGGGUCCCGGAACCUGGGCGUGGGGCGACGAAAGAAGCGCCAGCACCUGGUCGGCACGCGCAGCCGCCUCCGAAGCCCUGCAUGCUGCCUGUGCGCUGCGUCCCAGGCCCCGCCGCGCUCCGGAUCCGGGCCGAGGAGCAGGGCCUGCGCCGGCAGCUGUCGGAAGAGCCGAGCCCGCGGAGCUCCCCGCUGCUGCUGCGGCGGCUGUCAGUGGAAGAGUCUGGCCUGGGCCUCAGCCUGGGCCCGGGCCGCUCCCCGCACCUGAGGCGCCUGUCGCGCGCAGGCCCGCGCCUGCUGAGUCCGGACGCGGACGAAGCGCCCGCCGCGCCGCCACCGUCUGCUGUGCCCCUGGAGCCGACCGAGCACGAGUGGCUAGUGCGGGCGUCUGGGGGCUGCUGGACCCACCAGCUGCACGGGCUGCUGCUGCGCGACAGCGGCCUGGCGGCCAAGCGCGACUUCAUAUCUGGCUUCACGGCCCUGCAUUGGGCCGCCAAGAGCGGCGACCGCGAGAUGGCGCUGCAGCUGGUGGAGGUCGCGCGACGCGGGGGCGCGCCGGUGGACGUGAACGCGCGCUCGCAUGGCGGCUACACGCCGCUGCACCUGGCGGCUCUGCAUGGCCACGAGGACGCCGCCGUGACGCUGGUGGUGCGCCUGGGUGCGCAGGUGCACGUGCGUGACCACAGCGGACGGCGAGCCUACCAGUACCUGCCGCCCGGUGCCUCGUACGCGCUUCGCCGCCUCCUCGGCGACCCCUGCCUUAGAGGCUCUACCGAGGCAGACGUCACCGGUGCUGGUGGUGGCACUUUUGCGACCCGGCGCCCAGUGCAAGUGGCCGCCACCAUCCUCAGUUCCACCACCAGCGCGUUUCUGGGUGUCCUCGCCGAUGAUCUGAUGCUCCAAGACCUGGCUCGAGGCAUGAGGAAGUCGGGCUCCUUUAGCAAGUUCUUGGGUGCCUCGCCCAUGGCUCCACGUAAAAAGACUAAGGCCCGCAGUAGCCUGCCGGCUUUUUCAGAAAUCUCUCGUCGAUCUACUCCAGGACCCUUGGCUGGUCUAGUGCCCGGCCUACCCCCCACAACCUGAGGGUCCGUGAAGCUCAGCUUGGUUGAUGUAACCCGGCCUGCCCCUCGCAGUCUAAGCCUGGCCAAAACAGCGGCUCAGCACCUGUGGCUCCAUCCUGUUUCCAGCUUUGUCCACUGAAGCCUAUUUUACCCCCGUGGGCGAACACCUCUAGCUUCUCCCUGAAGCUUGACCUGUCUCUGAAAUGGUAGUCAAGAUCUCAGUGAGAACCUUCUAUAAAGAACUCCAGACAUCAGGCUUGAACAUUGGAGGCUCAGAUUUUAGGAUCAGAGUUAAGUGCCCUGAAUGAGUUAACCCAAUACCUCCGCCAUCUACACGCUCCCAAACCAGAACUAGAGCAAGGGCCUCUUUAAAUGUAGUGUGCUGCUGGAUUGUCAGCUUUAAGAUACUAGUGGUUUUGUAAUUUGAUGCUUUUAUCCUGUUUUUAAGUUAAAAUGAGGUAAAACAACUUUCAUAAUAACCUUUUGAAAUUAUAUUUUUCAAUUUUUAGGCAAAAUGCUCAUUUUCAAUCUUUUGCUAAGUAUUUUGGAAUUCUACCUAAAAAAAAAAAAAAAAAAGAUGAUCAGGAUCUAAAGGAAAUUAGUCCCAACAACAAAACCCUUAAACAUUUAUCUACCUCAUUUUAGACGCUCAAGAUUCUAGAGAGACUUGAACACAGAAUGUGACCAUUGUGAAUGUAAUUAAUUUCAGUUGUACUGUGAAUGCUCAAUAUUAGAAAACGAGCAUCUUGGGAGUGAGAAUGACUUAACAGUGAGAGAAAAGAGACAUUUUGGCAAAUACUUUCAAUUUCUGGUUGUCUUUAUGAUGAAAUAUAAACAGCCUCUUCGGCACUGGUGGGUGGUUAUUUUGAUUUGGCAUGAACAUUUAAUAUUUUAAGUGUGAUUUAUCUGUGAAUGCACCAUUGUGCCAUGUGUCUGAAUCUGGUUUUCCAUUCUGGCUGAGCCUUUCAAUGCAGUAGGUGGAUAUUCAAAGAAAAAUAUGUCAUAGCAUUACACCAGAAAAAUAACUGGUUAAGUAGGGAUACUUAAACAGCAACCAUUUUAUAUGAAAAUUCUAUAGAAGCAAAAACUAUGUUAUAUCCACCUUUAAAAGCCAUCUGAAAGCAAACAACUUAUUCCAAAAUAGUAAAUGCAGAAUUCUUUGCUCAGUGACCUUAGAGGGAUGGCUUAACUUCUCUAGACCUUUAUUCUUGUCUGUAAUUGAGAAGGUUUGUAGCUAUUUACCAGGAGGUCCCAGGUUCAACACACUGUAACUAUAAUGUCUCUUUUUCUAUUUUAAAGAUGGGGACUCUAUUUACUCAACCAGCCUUUUUAAAAUAUCAUACUGUGGUAAUGCUCUGCUUUUGCAAAUUAUGUUUGCAUGUCAUUAGCUAUAACAAAUAGUUUUUGUGGCACAAGGGAGUGUGGCUUUUCCCCUCCAUAUAUAUUUAUCAGUGAGGUCUCUGGCAUAAUUUAAGGCCGUCCUUAAUGGAAUGUUUUGAUUUAAGCAAUGAAAUAAAUAAGUUUCCCAUUUUGUUCCUGCUUGUGUGAUAAUGUACUUCCCUUAAACUUUCUCCAGCUCCUGCUACCGUAUUUUUCUUGUCUUUUUGUCUACUUACUUCUUCAGUUUCUCCUCAUCUUCUUCUGCCCCUUCCAGGCAUUCUAUUAUUGAAAGAGUUUGGAUUGAUCAGCUAAAUGCAGGUUGCAUCCACACAUGGAUAUUAAAAACAAACAAACAAACAAACAAAUGAAUGCAGGCCCUGAUCUGACCUUCCCACCUUCCUUGCCUGGAACUCUAGCUAAGCGGCAUAAAUUAUUUUUAAAUGCAAAUUAAAUCUGUCUCUGCAGAAAAAUUGUGGGAGGCAAUAAUUAUAGCAAUCUCAGUUGCUGAAGGUCUAGAGGACAGAAUAAAAUAUUAGAGAUUUUCCAUGGUAAAAGAGAGGCUUGACUGAGACAGGAUAACAAAGAUCACAAACACAGGUAUGACCUGCCUUGAGAAAGACAAAAUCUAAACCACCAAAGUAGUAAUAAUAAUAACUAAUGUCUAUUACACCCUUAAAUCAGAGGAGGGUUACUUAAACUCCCAGAAGAAUCUUUGUGUUUCAGAAAGGCAUGCUGCAAGGCUUCCAAGUGAAAUAAAACAUUUGGCAAGAAUUUAGGAUCAAUAAGCCUAAAACAAAAAGUGUUAGAAACCACUGUUUAUUCCUUGCAGAUCAAGACUUUCUGAAACUAUAAGUCAGUAGGGAAUUAUACUUUGAUAUGCAUAUGGAAAGUUUUCAAGAACCAUAUAUUGCCCAGCACGAGGUACACCUAUGAGGGGUAUUUUCAACAAGUGA